CAUAUAAAUGUUAUAUUAUCUUGAUUGGAUUUUAACGAUGUGUUGGAAGUAACUUGUUUCCACGGAAUUUUCACGAAAAUAACAUACUUAGUAAGAUAAUUGAUUGUUCAUCAUGGCAAAGUUCAAAACUAAAAACGAUUGGUAAUGGCUAUUUAUUUGAAUUUUUCGCGAGCACUUCGUGUAAAAAAAUUACUUGAAAGUCGAGGAGGAAAGAGGGUGAGAGAAUGUCUAACAGGGAUUCAAUUUCACCGAUCGGUGGUAAAGAACAUCAAUUUUGGAGGUUCGAAGAAGGCAGUUCAUGCUAUUCUGAUUCUCUCUUACAAGCCCGAACAUCGAGUACGAAUACAAGAUGGCAUAUCAUUGGCGAACGAUGCGGAACGUUAUAGUUUAUUCGGUGGUAUUUUAAUCGUAGCUAGAAUUUUUAUGAUAGGAUCUGUCAUCGUUGGACUAACCGUUGCAUACUUUGUUACACGUUUUACACAUGAACACGUAUUUCCGACAAUUCUGCGAAAAAGUAUCGAAUUCCUUGGGCCGAUUUUUAUAAAAUUUGGUCAAUGGGCAUCUACGCGAAAGGAUUUGUUUCCUGAGAAUAUUUGUCACACGCUUUCGCAACUGCAACGGACCGCUUCUCCUCAUUCCUGGAUCUAUACCAAGCAAUUGCUCCAAUCUAUUUACGGUUCAAACUGGAAUAAAGUAUUCGUAAAAUUCGAAGAUGAAUCACCAAUAGGAUCAGGAUGUUGUGGUCAGGUAUACAAGGCAUGGGUGGAUCUGAAUGCUCGACUGGAAGUAACGCAGGAACCACAAAUAUCUGCAUUCGUUCGAAUUGUAGAAUAUUUCAAACUCGGCUCGCUCGUCACCUACAUCGGUAAAAAACUGAAUGGAAACGACGGAAUCGAACGUGAUUAUAUGUAUAAAAGAAAUUUGCAACCAGUGGCAGUAAAAGUUUUGCAUCCCGGAAUUAAAGAACAAUUGAGGUACCUUACCAAUCGAAUUUUCUUUAAACAUUCUUAUCGAUUGAUCUUUAAACGAUCGUUUACCCAACGACGUUCUCUUCUUUCUUUUAGAAGAGAUCUUUCUAUCAUGAAAGGAAUUUGUAAAUGUGUCACAUACAUAAUGCCACAAUUAAAAUGGCUUAGUUUGACCGACUGUAUCAACGAAUUUUCGCAAAUAAUGGAAAAUCAAGUUGACAUGAAUUUGGAGGCCGCGAAUCUAAUUAAAUUUUCGCGUAAUUUUGAUAAAAAGAAAGACGUCGUUUUUCCACGACCUUACACAAAUUUCACGCAACGCGAAAUACUCGUAGAAAGCUAUCACGACGGUGCCCCUAUUACCGACUAUGUCAAAUACGACGAUACUAAAUUCCAAGGAAUACUAGCUAAAAUAGGAAUCAAAACAAUUUUGAAAAUGGUAUUUAGUGAUAAUUUUAUUCAUUGUGAUUUACAUCCUGGUAAUAUAUUGGUGCAAACGAAUUACGCACCAACGAGAAAAACUGGUGCUUGGUUUUGGAAAUAUAUCGAUCGUAACCAACCACGUUUAGUCAUUCUCGAUUGCGGCUUAGUGGUAUCCCUGAACGAUCGCUGUCGGCAAAAUCUGAAAGACGUCUUUCGUUCGGUGCUCAUGGGCGACGGUGAAUUGGCAGCAGAAUACAUCCUGGAUCAUAGUUCACACGCGUCUCCAGAUCCAGACGGUUUCAAGCGUACGAUAAAGGACAUUGUGAACACGCAUCGUGAGAGUAGAAUGAACAUGAACGUAAGCACCAUUGUAACCGAAUUAUUCAACGCGAUGAUUCGCUAUAGAGUUAAACAGGACGGAUCCUUUAGCAGCGUGAUAUUGAGCAUUGCAGUGAUCGAAGGUCUCGGACGAAGUUUGGAUCCAAAUAUCGAUAUUUUCACGGAAGUUGUACCAUUCAUUUUCGUCGAUACGAUUUACAGUGAUCAAAUUUGAAGACAUCGAAAGUGCUUUGCCAUCGCAAAGAAAAUAAGUUCGAAUAAUUUUAUGGACGAUAAAUUGUUCGAUCGAACGCACGUGGUCGUGACUAACAGAGAUAAAGAAGAACAUUCCUAUUCUACGAAUCUCUGGCCUUAAAUGGAUCUUAAUAUCUAUACUUCAAGCUCUUUGGUGUACUUAGUCAUAAGCAGAUGGUACGAAAGACGCGAUCGUUGAGACGUUAAAAAGCAGAAUUGCAGCGCGUAAUCGCGACAAACAGAAUUCCGGCGAGUGACCAGUUUGUUGGCGAUCGCUUCCUGGUUGGUUGACCAUCUUCGGUACGCCGUGGCCGCGUCGAACUGAUACACCAUUCGUACUCGCAUGUACACGCGCAACCGUUCCGUACCGUUGCACGCUGCUGCCCUCAGAUUAUUCCCGUAUACCGUAUACAUGCCAUUUUUACCUACACAAGCAUAUUUGCUAACGGGACCUUUCCGAAUCUUCUGGUGGAACGGUUACGUCGUAUAUUUUGCUGCAGCGAAUUUAAUACGAUUAGCGCAACAAACAUUCUUGUAAAAAUUUUUCUUCGAUUUCUAUCUUUUGUAAUUUCUAAACGUUACGUUAGUCCGCAACGUUGUCGCGAUAGUUCAAAUGAAUGACUAUUGUAAUAAAACGAAGUCGAAGCAUUUGUCAUCGAAAUUCGGUGACUCCUCUUUAUCUUGUCGGAACACGAACUUGUUUUAUUUAAUUUCGUUCGAAGCUAGCUCCGAUCGGUGUACGUUCACGCUUGUUACGAAUACAUCUACCUUAUUUCCCCUUACUGAAUCUAGUUUGUUCUAUGCGAUGCGGUUCGUUGCGGUCUUAUCGUAUGUUUAUCAAAAGGAGAAGAAACAUUCAACUUGGAUAUAUUUUUAUUUAUUUUUAUUCUUAAUCGCGUAACGAUGACUUCUUUGUUCUUAUUCGAUCAUGAGUGUUUCUUCUUUUCUUCUCCGCGAAGAAUUAUAAAUACGCGCAAAUGUACGCUGUAAAUUUUGUUUCAAAUGGUCAAUGAUAUCGACGAGAUUCGACAAACGAGGAAAUCGAUCGAAAGUUACCAAGCAUGUAUCGAAUGUAACCGGUCAGUGAAUCCUCGCAUUUCUGAAAGUUCGUCGAUCGCGAUGUCUUGUCGCGCCAUCUGUCGAACGUUCCACGAUUGUUCUAGUGCCGAAUCUCCCCUCCAAGGUAACUUAUCCUCUUUGUCGAAGAUGAUCGAAUCAUGUACCGUUUGGGUCCAAUGAAUUCAACCUAACAAAGAAACGGCGAGGCGUGCGAACGGAAUACAUACAUACAGGGAACUAAGAAUUAAACGUGGAACGUAUACGGAGCGAAACUCCGUUUUUUUAUAUCCAACGCGGGUCGAACAAGCAUAAAAAUUAUAGCAACUUUUCGAUCAACGGCUAAAUACACCUCCUCGACUUCAUAGACUAGAUCUGCCGAAUAUCUGUUCGCCUCCUCCACGUUAUUUCAUUCAUUUUUAGUUGCGCUUUUUUUUAUUCUUAUUUUUUUCUUACCGCGAUAGAAGUAAUUCGUCGACAUAAAUCGAUGUCUUAUCGAAAGGCGCGAUCGGUGUGAAA